GCGCCCCCGGGUCCCCGGACUUCCUCGCGGACCUUCCUGCCUUUCUUCCCUCGGGCGUGCGCGGGGCGCGCCCACCCGGGACGCGGCGCCAUGAACAGGCGCGAGGAGGGCUGAGCGCGCAGCGGAGAGGCCAGGGUCCCUUGGCUCGGCCCGCGCCCCGUCUCCCCGGGGUGGGGCAGGGUGGGGGUGGGCCGAGGCGUGGACUCGGGAAGCCAACCGGCCCCGGGAAUAAAAGGGCGCGGGCUCGCCGUGCCGCGCUGGGAAGCCGUGCUGCCUCGCCCCCGGCCCGGGAAGCGCAUGAUGGCCCCGGAGGACCCCCGGCGGUGACUCGCGCGCCCCGGCCCCGUGGAUGCCCCGGGCGCCACGCUGCCGUGCGCCGCGGCUUCGGAAGGACAGGUGUCCAGCGACAGCGCCCCCGACAAGAUGCCCACGUGGACACCCUGGCGGGCCCUGUCCGUGGUGCUGAUUCUGCUCUGGGGACACCCACGACCUGCGCUCGCCUGUCCGCACCCUUGCGCCUGCUACGUUCCCAGCGAGGUCCACUGCACGUUUCGCUCCUUGGCUUCUGUGCCUGCUGGGAUUUCUAAACAUGUGGAAAGAAUCAAUCUGGGGUUCAACAGUAUACAGGCUCUGUCAGAAACCUCGUUCGCCGGACUGACGAAGUUGGAGCUUCUGAUGGUCCACGGCAACGACAUUCCCCGCAUCCCUGAUGGGGCUUUGAGAGACCUCAGCUCUCUACAGGUUUUCAAGUUCAGCUAUAACAAGCUGCGUGUGAUCACAGGACAGACCCUGCAGGGGCUCUGGAACCUACUGAGGCUGCACAUGGACCACAACAAGAUAGAGUUCAUCCACCCCCAGGCUUUCCACGGCCUGACGGCCCUCCGGCUCCUCCAUUUGGAAGGCAACAUGCUUCACCAGCUGCACCCCAGCACGUUCUCCACAUUCACGUUUCUGGAUUAUUUCAGACUGUCCACCCUAAGGCACCUCUACUUAGCAGAGAACAUGAUAAGAACGCUCCCCACGGGUAUGCUUCAGAACAUGCCGCUACUGGAGAACCUUUACCUGCACGGGAACCCAUGGUCCUGUGACUGUGACAUGGCAUGGUUUCUGGAAUGGGACGCAAAAUCCAAAGGGGUUCUGAAGUGUAAGAAGGACAAAGCCUAUGAAGGGGGUCAGCUGUGCGCCCUGUGCUCCAGUCCCAAGAAGUUGUACAAACAAGAGAUUCACAAGCUGAGGAACGUCACCUGUGUCAAGCCUUCCAUAGAGUCUCCUCUGAGACAGAACAAGAGCAGGGGGAACGAAGAGGACCAGGAACGUGAGGAGGACGAUGCCAGCCUGCUCUCUCCGGAGGGAUUCCAGUCCGCCCCCUGGAACAUGUCUUUGAAUAUGACAGACGAGCAUGGAAACGCGGUGGACUUGGCUUGCACCAUCAAGAAGCCGAGGGAUGUGUACAAAAUUCACUUGAAUCAAACGGAUCCUCCACAGAUUGAUAUCAAUGCAACAAUCGCCUUGAACUUGGACUGUCCAAUGACUCGAGAAAACUAUGAAAAGCUGUGGAAACUGAUUGCGUAUUACAGCGAGGUGCCUGUUAGGCUGCGCCGAGAACACGCGGUCGGCAAAGACCCCCACGUCGGCUACCAGUACAGGCAAGAUCCUGACCAUGAUGCUCUGUACUACACAGGCGUCAGAGCCCGUGUUCUCACCCAGCCAGGAUGGGUCAUGCAGCCGACCAUAGAUAUCCAACUGGACCGGCGUCAGAGCACCCCCAAAAACGUGCUACUCUCCUACCACUCCCAGUAUUGCCUGUCAAUGCCCACCGAAGAUGCCCAGCGGUCUCGGAGCAGAAGCUGGGUGAUGAUCGAGCCAGGUGAAGCUGUGAAGAGGGCUCAGACUGUCUUGGAAGGGAGCCCAUGCCAUCUGAGCUGCAACGUGAGGGCUUCUGAGAGUCCAUCCAUCUUCUGGGUGCUCCCAGGCGGCUCUGUCUUAAAAGCACCCAUGGAAGACCAGGAAGGCAAGUUCUCCAUCCUCACUAGCGGCUGGCUGAGGAUCAAAUCGACAGAGCAGGCGGAUUCGGGUUUGUAUCAGUGCAUCGCUCAGGUGAGGGAUGAAAUGGACCGAAUGGCGUACAGGGUCCUGGUGCAGCCACCCGCCACUCAACCACCUGAAAGGCACACAGUGACGAUUCGUAAGAACCCAGGCGACUCUGUGAUGUUGCCUUGCGAUGCCCUGGCCAUCCCCGAAGCCCAGCUGAGCUGGAUUCUUCCAAAUAACAGGAUAAUUAAUGAUCUGGCCAACAUAUCGCAUGCAUACAUGUUGGCCAAUGGAACGCUUUCCAUCCCAAAGGUCCAAGUCAGUGACAGCGGUUACUAUCGAUGUGUGGCCGUCAACCAGCAAGGGGAAGAUCAUUUUACCGUGGAGGUCGCAGUGAGCAAGAAAGGAUCUGGCAGGUCAUCAAAAAGAGGCAGACACUCGGGUGGGAAGACUCUUUCCAGAGCCAAAGAAGAUGUCGCGGAGGAUGACGGGGGCUCAGGCAUAGGAGGUGAAGACACUUCCAGGACAGCUCUGCAUCCAAAGGACCAAGAGGUGUUCGUCAAAACGAAGGGCGAUGCCGUCACGAAGAAAACCAAGACGGGGCGAAGAAAACUGAAACCGUGGAAGGGUUCUGAGAAAGAGCCAGAGACAAACAUCGCAGAGGGUCGCAGAGUGUUUGAGUCCCGAAGAAGGAUCAAUAUGGCAAACAAACAGAUUAAUCCCGAGCGCUGGGCAGAUAUUUUAGCCAGAGUACGUGGGAAAAAUGUCCCCAAGGCCACAGAAGUGCCGCAGGUCAUUGAAACCACCACUCCCUCCUCAGGGGGGCUUCAAGGGAGACCCCUGCUGCCUGCUGACCCUCCCCCAUCAAUAUCACCUGUGCAGACCACCACCAGUGCCGACGAAUCCUCAGCAGAUAUGUCCCUAUUCGCUGAGGAUGACCACGCUUCCAGUGCUGUGUCCGCAAUCAGGUUGGAUCCUGAACACGGUCAUAGUGGGGUGAUGCUUGCUGAACCCAAAGGGAUGAACACACCUCGGGAAGAAUUUAUUGAGGGUGAGUUUUCUGAGAAGACCCAGGAUGCAACGCCCACUGAUGUUGACUCAACACGGGCUAAGGCCACUACCCGGACAUCUGUGCCCUAUGAAUAUUCUACCGUAUGGACCCUAGACACAGUCUACAAAGAGCCGAUGAAUGAACACACAGCCCCCAAGGGCUGGUCUACAGUAGAUGCUGAAUCCAUGCCAGAGCCUACAUCAAAGGGGUAUGGGUCUCCACUGGCUGCCUCUGAGGCAGUGCCAUAUUCCUACCCAGAGGUGCAGACUCAUCCACAAGGCAAAGAAGAUAAAAUGCAAGAAGUGACUUCCACACACUUGCCUCUCACCUCCAUUCUGUGGGUAUAUGACUCCAGGACAUCUGAGCCACAUGGAGACCCCACUUUCAGAGAGCCAGAGGUCCCCACAAAAGCACACGCACAAGGUGAAAUAGAGCACACCCAGCUUGCCAAUGGUGGUUUCAGCACUCAAGGCAACCUGUUGGUGCAAGCGGGCACAGAUGAGGAUUCUCAGAUGCUACAGGAAGGAGACAUGCUGGCAAGAGACGCCACAGAGUCCAGACGUCCAGAGAGUCAGGGGACGGACGCGGAAUCCACCACUGUGCUUGACUCUGCCCUGCGAGCGGUGAAUACCGUCACCCCCAUUCAGCGACCCUGGGAAUCCACCCCUGGCACCUUCCUGGACAAGGAUGCCACCACAGAAGCAGUGACGAUGGCAACUCAAAAGGCCGCUUCUGUUUCGGGGCCGACCGCACCCCCUCCUCGGAAGAGACCCAACGGCAGGAAGAGGUUGCGCCCCCACAGAUUCCGACACCGCCAUAAAGAAGCCCCACUCACCACUUUGGCCCCAUCGGACAAUUUUUCUACUCCAUUAUCACAAGUACCUGAAGCACAGACUGCACACCAAGGGGAGGGUUCGCUGGUUCCUGCAUCUUGGGUCCACAGCACAGUCGGGUUCCCCAAACAGUUGGAAAGGGUCAAGCAGGCAGAGCUGGUAACCAAGGGAACCCCACGAAGGAAGCACAGGAAGAGGCCAAAUAAACAUCACUUUAUGCCUUCUCCAGGGAGCUCUCCUGCUUCCGCACCUAAGCCCAGCUUUUACGGACAGGAAAGUGUUAUUCCUCCUAGUUCAGAAACUGUACGUUUAUCGACACCCAUUCCUCUGAGGACUGGGGACCCACGUGAGACAACCAGAGUGGAAGAGGAUAUGCCAACCUCUGCAAACAUACAUCUAUCUCCCUAUGAGCUCCAAGACACAACGCCAGUGACACAGAAGCCUGUAUCUGAAGAGAAGGAAACCAAGAAAUACGACAUGACAAGCAUCAAUGAUUACAAAACCGAUGCUUCAGCCCCUGGCGACUCAGACAUUAACGCUGCAUCCCCUUCUGGCUCUGAAGUGUCCACGGUGGGAAAAUUUAAGGAGGAAUCAGCUUCUUCUGGCUUUGCAGGAGCUCCGAGCUGGAAUGUCUCAAAGGCAGCCGCAUGGGGGAAGUUGCAGACAGACACACCUGGCACCGCGUCUUUGCAAACCCUUAUAGACUCACCGUUUUUAUGGACUGAGUCGCCGGAUCCGGAUUUUCCCUCCGAGUUUUCACCUGUUGUAGCCUCGACGUUAUUUCCGCAGGAAGAAGGUGUAGCUUCUACUACUGUGCUGAGUGUAAAAGUAGAGUCGCCUCCGAGUCAGGUGGAAACCACCGUGAGGGGUCAGGGACAUCAUGAGAUCACCCCAGGUGCCCCAGGGCCCCAGAAUCAUGUCCCUAUUCCUGCCUCCUCCGAGGGGCCAGUGACUGAAUUCCUUCCCACGGCUCCUGUGACUUUAGCACAAACCGCCACACCGCCCAUCUCUCUUAUUUCAAGGGCAUCUUCCACGUGGGCAUAUUCCAAGGAAAAUGUCUUCUACAAGUACGUGGGGACGUCAGAAACCAAAACACCCCUGGAGACUCACGAACCGACUCAAAGUGUGUUGAGGCCAAAUGAAUUAUCCACUCCCUUGCCCAACCACGGCGAAUUUAACUUCACUGCAAAGCAGGAGUUGGGACGGGAAGCAUUGGAUGCAAGGACCAAAAACAGUCUUGCACGUGACCCAGAGAGUCACCCCCACCAGGAUGGGAGGCUCCAAGUGCUUCCUUCUCCAGGCAGACUUCCUGCCAGACCCAUCCCAGCGUCCGUGGCCACACAAAGCUCCGUUAGACAUCUUGCAACUUCCCAGCCCCCUCCUCCCUUGACCAACAAACCAGAAGUAACUGCAUAUCCUUCAAGGGUCUUGCCAGAGAACAAGCCCUUUAAGAGUCCAAGAUUCCCAAGUACGACUCCUGUUGUGCCACGGCACCGGUUCAAACCCAGUGUUCCUGCAAAAUUUCCCAAGCAGGGAACUGACCAACUGAACAGCAAUUUCAAAGCUUUUGGAAAUAACAACAUCCCAGAUCUAAGAGACCCUUUGGGCAAGCGUCCAAGUUCAACAGUCCCUCAUUAUCCCAAUGGAAGAUUCCCUUUCUUUUUGAACCCGACGCUUUCUUUCCCGCAUUUGGGGGUUACUGCAAAGCCUCCCAUACCUACCUCUCCUGCCCCCGUGAUGAGAGAGAGAAACCUCAACCCAGGCCCCUACAAUAGGCUACAUUCUCAGAGCGUCAUCCACGUGGACUUCGGACCCCCUGCCCCUCCGUUAGCGCAGCCUCCCCGGACGGCGGCACCACCCUCCAGAGCCUUGCACCACAAGCCUGUGGUCCACUCCACCCAGAGCUCCCUGGCCUUUGUGCCAUCUGUCCAGCCCUCCAGAAACUUCCCUCAGAGCAGCUCAAAGCUCUUCUCUGCCGGAGGUGCCCCAGCCUCCAAGUUCUGGACGCUUGGGGAAAAGCCACAGAUCAUCAGCAAACUGCCUCAGACCGUGUCUGUCAUUGCAGAGACAGAUGCCGUGUUCCCAUGUGAGGCUACGGGGAAACCGAAGCCUCUCAUUACCUGGACGAAGGUUUCCACAGGUGCUCUUAUGACCCCCAACACCCGAGCAGAACGGUUCGAAGUUCUCAAGAAUGGCACCUUCGUCAUCCGAAACGUACACGUCCAGGACCAUGGCCGGUACAUGUGCGUGGCCAAAAACUUGCACGGCGUGGACAGGAUGGUGGUCUUGCUGUCUGUCACUGUGCGGCAGCCCCAAAUCCUGGCCUCCCACUACCAGGAUGUCACCGUCUACCUGGGGGACACGAUUUUGAUGGAGUGUCUGGCCCAGGGGACCCCAGCUCCCCAAAUAUCCUGGAUCUUCCCCGACAGGAGGGUGUGGCAGACCGUGUCCGCCGUGGAGGGCAGGGUCACGCUGCACGAAAACCGGACCCUGUCCAUCAAAGAGGCAUCCUUCGCAGACAGAGGCGUGUACAAGUGCGUGGCCAGCAACACCGCCGGGGCGGACAGCCUGGCCAUCCGCCUGCACGUGGCGGCGCUGCCCCCGGUCAUCCACCAGGAGAAGCUGGAGAACAUCUCGCUGCCCCCGGGGCUGAGCAUUCAUAUCCACUGCACCGCCAAGGCUGCACCCGUGCCCAGUGUGCGCUGGGUGACCGCAGACGGCACCCAGAUCCGCCCUUCGCAGUUCAUCAACGGGAACUUGUUCGUCUUCCCCAAUGGGACGCUGUACAUCCGGAAUCUGGCGCCCAAGGACAGCGGCCGCUACGAGUGUGUGGCCACCAACAUGGUGGGCUCCUCAAGGAGGACAGUGCAGCUGACCGUGAGGCGGGCGGCGGUCAACGCGCGCAUCACCGGCGCCUCCCCGCAGAGGACCAAUGUGCGGUACGGGGCCACCCUGAGGCUCGACUGCAGCGCCUCGGGGGACCCCUGGCCACGCAUCCUCUGGAGGCUACCGUCCAAGCAGAUGAUGGAUGCACUCUUCAGCUUUGAUACGAGGAUCAAGGUGUUUGCCAACGGGACCCUGGUGGUGAAAUCCGUCACAGACAAAGAUGCGGGGGACUACCUGUGUGUGGCCCGGAAUAAGGUCGGCGAUGACUUCGUCGUGCUCAAGGUGAACGUGGUCAUGAAACCGGCCAAGAUCGAACACAAAGAGGAGAAUGACCACAGGGUCUUCUACGGGGGUGACCUGAAAGUGGACUGCGUGGCCACCGGGCUUCCCAAUCCUGAAAUCUCCUGGAGUCUCCCAGAUGGCAGCCUGGUCAACUCUUUUAUGCAGUCGGACGAUGGCGGUGGACGCACUCAACGCUUUGUCGUUUUCAACAACGGGACCCUCUACUUCAAUGAGGUGGGCAUGCGGGAAGAAGGCGAUUACACCUGCUUUGCUGAAAAUCAGGUUGGCAAGGAUGAGAUGAGGGUGCGCGUCAAGGUGGUGACCGAGCCGGCUGCCAUCCGCAACAAGACGUACUCUGUGGUGCAGGUGCCCUAUGGCAACGUGGUCACCGUGGCGUGUGAGGCCAAAGGGGAGCCCACGCCCAGGGUGACCUGGUUUUCUCCCACCAACCGGCUCAUCCCCACCUCCUCCGAGAAGUACCAGAUAUAUCAGGACGGCACUCUGCUCAUCCAGAAAGCCCAGCGCUCAGACAGCGGUAACUACACUUGUGUGGUCAAGAACAGCGCUGGCGAGGACAGGAAGACGGUGUGGAUUCACGUCAAUGUGCAGCCACCCAGAAUCAACGGGAACCCCGACGCCAUCACCACCGUGCGGGAGAUAGCACCUAGGGGCAGUCGGAAGCUCAUCGACUGCCAAGCGGAAGGCAUCCCCACCCCGAGAGUCCUCUGGGCCUUUCCUGAGGGUGUGGUCCUGCCAGCCCCAUACUACGGGAACCGGAUCGUUAUCCAUCGCAACGGCACGCUGGACAUCAGGAGUCUAAGGAAGACCGACUCCAUCCAGCUGGCAUGCAUUGGGCGCAACGAAGGAGGGGAAGCCAGGCUGAUUGUCCAGCUCACGGUUUUGGAGCCAGUGGAGAAGCCUGUCUUCCACGACCCGGUCAGCGAGAAGAUCACCGCCAUGGCCGGACACACCAUCAGCCUCAACUGCUCGGCCGUGGGGACCCCCGUGCCCAGUCUGCUGUGGGUCCUUCCGAAUGGGACGGAGCUGCAGAGUGGCCACCAGCUGCACAGAUUCUACCAUAAGGCGGGAGGGACGUUGCACAUCAGCGGGCUCUCAUCCAUGGACGCUGGGGCUUACCGCUGUGUGGCCCGGAAUGCCGCGGGCCACUCGGAGAGGCUGGUGUCUCUGAAGGUGGGGCUGAAACCUGAAAUUCACAACCAAUACCACAACUUGGUGACCAUCAUCAAUGGCGAGACCCUCCAGCUGCACUGCAUCCCUCCAGGGGGACCGCAGGCACAUGUUUCCUGGACACUGCCCAGCGGCCUGAUUCUGGGGGGCCCACACACACACGGACGCUUUUCGCUUUGGGAAAAUGGCACCCUCACGGUGCGGGAUGCCUCGGUGUUUGACAGGGGGACCUACGUGUGCAAGGCGGACACCAAGUACGGCCCUUCCGUCGUGAAUUUCCCAGUUAUUGUGAUCGCUUACCCACCCCGGAUUACCAGUGAGCCCACGCCCGUCAUGUACACCCGGCUUGGGACCACCGUGAAGAUCAGCUGCAUGGCCACGGCGAUCCCCAAAGCUGAGAUAACGUGGGAGCUGCCGGACAAGUCGCAUCUGACUGCCGGGGCCCAGGCCCGUCUGUACGGAAACAGAUUCCUUCACCCCCAGGGAUCCUUAACCAUCCAGCAAGCCACGCAGAGAGAUGCAGGUUUCUACAAAUGCACCGCCAAAAACAUCCUUGGCAGUGACUCAAAGACCACUUACAUCCACAUCUACUGAACACCCCCCCCGAAGAACAUGGCCUCCUCCACAGUCAUGGCUCUGGAAAUGAGGACAAAGCUUCCUUUGUAGGGAAAGCAGGCCAUACAGAGAGUCCAUCCCCCAAAGGAUGUGUCACAGGGCACAGCGGUCCCCCAGUUGGGCUUCAAGUUCAAGUUGACUUGACCUAUGCUUGCUGGCCAAUAGAAGCCUUGCACACAUGGGAAGGAGGGUUCAGCCUCUUGGAGGACUUUCAGGCUUACGGGAUGCCAUGCACGCCUCCUGUCUGCCGUUUCACAGGACCUGUGCAAAAAGUGCAAUGUCUGUUUUGCAAGUACCAUCCAGGUGCUUUCGUGAGCAUGUAGGGAGACCUCAGGUUCGUCACUGGAAACACACCAGAGACGUUAAAGUGCCUUGCUACCCCAGUGACAAUGGCUCCCACAAUGACUCUGCUGCAGUUUUCAUAGAACAUUCUAGAAUGAAUACCCAUCUUUCCAGUUAUUUCUUGUCACUUCAAAACUCUCGCUUGCCCAGUAAGGGCUUAGAAUCAGAGGGAUUGAUUUUUUUCUUUUUUCUUGUCACGUACAAGUUUCAUACAUGACAGCUACCGUGUUCUAUGAUGGAAUUCUUUCCCCCUGGACCUUGCUUUUAAUAUAGUGAUUUUUAUAUGUAUAUUUUUUUUCUUUCUAAUCAGACGAUGAGACUAGAGAGAAAAAAAGAAAUACUUUGUGUCUCAUUAAAAGUAAUAAAUUAUUGGUCUUUACAAGACUGGGAUACAUUUGAGCUGGCAUGGAAAUGCAAUGAAAAGAUAUUCCGCCCUCCUUCGCUCGAAUUCAGCAACCACUCUUAGAAUGGCUUUCCCAGAAAUCCUACAGUGGGGGAGCCUGGGAUAUGGGAUUUCCUUCGUUGUGAAGUUUCUCUUAAGAGCUGUAGUGGGGGAGAAGGAGGAGAGAGCUCAACCUUGACCCCACAGAGGGAAUGCAGAGCCUCCCAAGAAAGCCCGGAGACCUGUUAUUUCCAUGACUGCCUUACUGUAUUGCUAAGGUCAAGAUAAUGUACAUUUGAUAAUAAAAUGAUAUUUUCCAAAUAA